AUGACUCAAAACCCUCAACAUAUCAGUGGAGUAAGAGAAAACAGGGCAUUAUUGGUUAUACUGAUGACCUGCUUUGGGAUUAUUCUUGCUACUUCCCAGCCUUGCCAGACCCCUGAUGACUUUGUGGCUGCCACUUCUCCAGGACAUAUCAUGAUUGGAGGUUUAUUUGCCAUUCAUGAAAAAAUCCUGUCCUCAGAAGAACAUCCCAGAUGACCAGAAAUCCACAAGUGUGUUAGCUUUGAAAUAUCAAUCUUUCUUCAAACUCUUGCUAUGAUACACAGCAUUGAGAUGAUCAAUAAUUCAACACUACUAUCUGGAGUCACACUGGGGUAUGAAAUCUAUGACACUUGUACAGAAGUCACAGUGACAAUGGCAACCACUCUCAGGUUUCUUUCUAAACUCAACUGCUCCAGAGAAACUGUGGAGUUUAAGUGCGACUAUUCCAGCUACACGCCAAAGGUUAAGGCUGUCAUAGGUGCUAGCUACUCAGAAAUAACCAUGGCUGUCUCCAGGAUGUUGACUUUACAGCUCAUGCCACAAGUGAGUUAUGAAUCAACUGCAGAAAUUCUAAGUGACAAAAGUCGCUUUCCUUCAUUUUUACGGACUGUGCCCAGUGACUUCUAUCAAACUAAAGCAAUGGCCCACCUGAUUCAGAAAUCUGGGUGGAACUGGAUAGGCAUGAUAACUACGGAUGAUGACUAUGGACGUUCGGCUCUCAACACUUUUGCAAUUCAUGCUGCUGCAAAUAAUGUGUGCAUACCCUUCAAAGAGGUUUUUCCAGCUUUCCUUUCAGAUAAUACCAUCGAAGUCAGGAUCAAUCAGACACUUGAGAAGAUCAUUGCAGAAGCCCAAGUUAAUGUCUUUGUGGUAUUUCUGAGGCAAUUCUAUGUUUUUGUUCUCUUCAAUAUAGCUAUUGAAAGGAAUAUAAAGAAGAUCUGGAUUGCUAGUGAUAAUUGGUCAACUGCCACUAAGAUUGCCACCAUUCCUAAUGUUAAUAGGAUUGGCAUUGUGGGGUUUACCUUUAGAAGAGGGAAUAUGUCCUCUUUCCAUUCCUUUCUUCAAAAUCUGCAUACAUUCCCCAGGGACAAUAACAAACCCUUAAAUGAGUAUGUCAUGCUUUUGUCUGCCUGUGCAUAUGCUAAAGACAGCGAUUUGAGUCAAUGCAUUUUCAACCAUUCUCUGAGGACUUUGCCCUACAAGGCUAUAGAAAGGAACUUCUCCCUGAGAAAUGACUUCCUGUGGGAUUAUACUGAGCCAGGACUGGUUCACAGUAUUCAGCUUGCAGUGUUUGCCCUUGGUUAUGCCAUUUGGGAUCUGUGCCAAGCUCGAGACUUUCAGAGCCCCAACGCUUUUCAACCGUGGGAGUUACUUGAUGUGCUAAAAAAUGUGACAUUUUCUGAUGGAAAGAAUUCAUUUCAUUUUGAUGCUCAUGGGGAUUUGAAUACUAGAUAUGAUGUAUUGCUCUGGAAGGAGAUCAACGGCCAUAUGACUAUCACCAAGAUGGCAGAAUAUGACCUACAGAAUGAUGUCUUCAUCUUUACAGACCAAGAAACAAAAAAUGAGUUCAGGAAUAUUAAGCAAAUUCAGUCUAAAUGCUCCAAGAAAUGCAGUCCUGGACAAAGGAAGAAAACUAUAAAAAGUCAACAUAUUUGCUGCUAUGAAUGUGUGAACUGUCUGGAAAAUCACUACAGUAAUCAGACAGAUAUGGAUCACUGCCUUUUAUGCAACAAUGAAACUCAUUGGGCCCCUGCAGGGAGCACCAUAUGCUAUGAAAAGGAAGUUGAGUAUCUCAACUGGAAUGAUUCCCUGGCUAUCCUGCUCCUGGGCCUCUCCCUACUGGGAAUCCUGUUUGCUCUAGCCAUUGGCAUAAUAUUUACAAGAAAUCUGAGCACACCCAUUGUAAAAUCAUCUGGGGGAUUGAUGGUCUGCUAUGUAAUCCUCCUCUGUCACUUCCUCAACUUUGUCAGCACGGUUUUUGUCAUUGGAGAACCACAAAACUUCACAUGUAAAACCAGGCUGACGCUGUUCCAUGUGAGCUUUACUCUCUGCAUCUCCUGCAUUUUGAUGAAGUCCCUGAAAAUUUUGCUAGCCUUCAGCUUUGAUCCCAAGUUGCAGAACUUCCUGAAGUCCCUCUACAAACCAAUCCCCAUUAUCUUAACUUGCACAGGUAUCCAGGUUGUCAUUUGCACACUCUGGUUAAUCUUUGCUGCACCUGUGGUAGAGGAGAAUGUCUCCUUUCCCAGAGUCAUUAUCCUGGAAUGUGAGGAAGGAUCCAUAAUUGCAUUUGGCACCAUGCUGGGCUAUAUUUCCAUCCAAGCCUUCAUUUGCUUCAUAUUUGCCUUCAAAGGCAGGAAAUUACCUGAGAAUUACAAUGAGGCCAAAUUCAUAACAUUUGGCAUGCUCAUUUACUUCAUAGCUUGGAUCACGUUCAUCCCCAUGUAUGCUACCACAUUUGGCAAAUACCUACCAGCGGCAGAGAUUAUCUUCAUUUUGAUAUCAAAUUAUGGGAUCCUGUGUUGCACAUUCUUCCCUAAAUGUUACGUUAUUCUUUGGAAGCAAGAGACCAACACAAAAUCUGCCUUCCUCAAGAUGAUUUACAGCUACUCUUCCCACAGCGCAGGCAGCCUUGCCAUGAGCCAAGCUUCGCUGGACUUCACCAACAGCAGUAUCACAAUGACCAACCCUAGAGCUGACGGCAAGUCUGCAGCCUCUCAGAAAAGUAAAGCCCUUCAGGCACAAGCGUUUGCACAUAUACGGAGAGAAAAUAGUCCUGGAGUAUCUAAAACUUUGCCUCGAAAAAGAAUUUCAGGUAUAUGA